CUUUGCUCUUGCCUUGGUUAGACAUUUACCUGUUCCCUUUAUUUCACCUUAGCGCUAAUUUCGUUAGAUUUAGUUGCAGUUUUAACGUUACGAACCGAAUAAAAACGCGCGCAACAACUCUACUUUCGAAUUGUCUGAACUGUAAAACAUUUUGUGCUGUAUGCUAAAGGUUUUAAUAUUUCUUGGGAAUAACACUCAUGGCAUCAAGUAGAUUUGGAUUUGUGUUGACGACGACAGCAGCAGCAACAACAACAACACAAGCAGCAGCAUCAGCAACAACAUCAAGCAUAAAGCAUACAACUCAACUCGAUGGAAUUUGUGCAAAAAUCAACGCGUUUUAUUUUGACUUCGAUAAUACGUUGAUACCAACCAGGAGCGGUGACUCCAAGGCGAUACGUAAGCUAACCGAUGUGCUGGAGGCGCAGUAUAACUUUACCAAAGAUGACGCCACACUGGCCACUCAGACCUUUUUAAAAUCGUUCCGUCGCUGCCCGGACAGCUCUCAAACCUCGCUCGACUGCUGGCGCACACAUCUGUGGCGCGAAUCCUUGCAGCCCAAACACAAGCACCUCGCCGAGCAGGUAUAUACCAAGUGGCUAAAGCUGCGCUAUCGCUAUCUGGCCGUCCCCCCCGACUAUGUCCAGCUGCUGCAACGUAUGCGACGUGCCGGAUACGCGUUGGCGCUCAUCACCAACGGUCCAUCGAAUGCCCAGUGGGAGAAGGUGCAUCGUCUCCAUGUGCGCGAAUAUUUCGAUUGCGUGCUCGUCUCUUCGGAUCUGCCAUGGGAGAAGCCCCAUCCGGAGAUAUUCUACGCGGCGUGCAAUUUCCUCGGCGUUAAGCCACAAACGUGCGCAAUGAUUGGCGAUAAAUUGGAGACCGACAUUAAGGGCGGACAUCUGGCCCAGCUAGGCCUGACGUUCUGGACACCGCUGAGCAGUGCACCACAAAACUUGGACGAUGUCGAGUAUAAACCGCACAUACGACUCAACAAUCUUCUGGACUUGUACAAAUAUUUUCCGCGUCUCAAUGCAGUCGCUGGUCCCGCCGGAUCCGGUGCAUCAACGCCGAGCGGAAUGAGUUCGGCAACCAGACGUCGAGCCAGCCAUAUGAGCUGUAGCAGUAACAUAAGCAGUGGGGGCAGUACGUCCCAAACAGCCUAUUCCCAAUCUCUCCAGUAUCAGUAUCAGCGACACGCCUAUCAGAGACAGUUGGCAUAUAGAAGAGGCGGCUCUCUGCCAGCCAUUGAGUGCUCCAAUAGUGAGGCAGAGAAUAGCUGCGAUAGUUUUCUCUAAAGAGCAAAGCAUUGCAAAAGAAAAAGAAGUAGAACAGGAGAAAAGAAAGAAACUAAAGUACCUUCAGACAAAUAACGCACAUGACAGACAGACAGAACCGAAACGGACAGCAGUUCAAAACUACUCGGGGGAGAGCGAAAAGAAAUUAGUUUUUUUUCUUGAGAUUUUGUGCGAGAGUACUUUUUCUCAUUCUAAACGAACACGUUUUGUUUAAAUAACUAAGGUUAUUGUGGGGUUUUAGCUGCUACCUUAAAGAAACACGUAUUUCGGAAGAUAAUUGUAGAAAAAACGUAAAAGUUUUCCAUACAUAAUAUGCGGAAUUUAGAAUUUGCAUGAAUUCAAAGAAUUAAUUACUUUUUAUUCCAUCAAAUAUUAAAUGUGGAAAUCAGAAUAUUUAUGAACUUAAAUGAUUAAUUACUUUUAAUUUCAACAAAUACUAAAGCGGAAUUAAGCAUAUGAGUGUAUAUUCAAUUAACUAAGCACUUUUAAUUCCACCAAAUAUUAAAUGCUGAAUUCAUCAAAUGUGUAAAUCAAUGAAUUAAUUAAUCACCAAAUAUUAAUUGCGGAAUUCACAAUAUUUGUGAAUUCAGUGAGUAAAUUAAUUAAUUUUUAUUACACCAAGUCUUAAAUUUGCUAAUUUAAUUAAUUCCACUCAAUCUUAAAUGCGAAAAUUGAAAUAUCUGUGAACAUUUAAGUUUCUAAAAGCCCAUUUAACUUCAGUGAAUCUGAAACGUGGACAUUAAAUUAAAUGUGCCAUUAUUUUGAGUUCCACCAGUUCAUAAAUGCGAAUCUUCAAAUAUCUGCGAAUCCUCAUUUUGAUCUAAACUAGCAGGCUUUAUAUAGUGCUAUGAAUAAAACAGAGUAUUAAGUAGCAACUAUUUUUCAAAUAUAUAUGAUAUGUAUAUAUGAUAUAUGUGACCAGCUCCGAACUCACUAGCUUUUUACAGAUGAACAUUUCUUAAUAUUUACAAAAACAAAUACGCUGCCUUUUUCUAUACGUUACAAAUUUUAUAAUGCGAAACACAAAAUACUCCAUCACUUAAAGUGAAAAGUACAUAUUAUAAAAAAAUAAUAAUAAUUGUAAUAAAGGGAAAACAGUUUCGGAACGCUCUCCCCCAAAAAAAUACAAAUAAAAAUACAUAUGCAGGAAAUUCAGGAAUUCAAAGUUCAACUUCAGCUUUAGAUGUCAAAACAGGAUGAGAAUACAGAAAUGUAAUGGAGAAUCUCGUUAUCUGCCAUAAAAUACUUUAAGUAUACUUAGAAACAUACAUAAAUACUAUGUAAAUAGGUAUUUUUCUAAGCGUCUUUUUCUGUCUCCCGUUUUAUAAAAACCAACCCAACAAAAUAAACAAACAAAUGUAUAUGCAAAGAGGAAACGUAAUGUGCGUUAUAAAAAUAUAUGAAUAAAUACUGUUGAAAACAAGUAACAAAUGUACAUACAUACUUACAUACACACACACACACGCACCCACACCAACACACACAUACAUAAUUACAAUGAUGUUUAUAUUAAUAUGAAUAUAUUGAAGUUUACGAAAGUAGCUGUUAUACAUAUAUAAUUAAAUAUGUAGUUAUAUAUUUAUGUAUUCAUGAGUGAGCAACUAAAUGUACAAUUUACCAAAACGAGCCACACAUACACACACACACCUGCACCUACACACACAUGCACAUGUAUGUAUAUACAUGCGAAUACAUACAGCAUCGUACAAUGUAUAAUUAGUGCUAGAUCGUAGUAAGAACUGAUAAUUCGUUAGCAAACUGUUAUUUGCAAUCCAGCCUAUAAACUAUUAAUAUUAUAUGUAUAUGCAUGAAAUCAAAAUGUGAGAUAUUUGAAGGCGUAUUGUUAUAUUAAAUAAAUGAGAAUGCACCAAAA